CAGUGUUCAGUGUGAUCCACGCGGCCCAACCGCGAGGAUGUGCGUUAGGGCAGGUGUACUUCGACCGUGUCUUCACUGGAAACAUUACGAACAUAAAUCACCUUCAAUUGAUCUUGUGAUUGAAGAAGAACGCUGCAGGAAUUGAAUCAUUACGUACUCGCGAAUAGUUGGUGCAAAUUUAAUUUUUGUGACGUUACUUGAAUAAAAGAAACAAAAAAAAAAAAAACAAAAAUCGAAAUCGAGUUUCGAGAAUCGCCGAAACUUCAGAAUGAAUGCGACUGGAAACAAUCGUUGCUCUGAACGGGACGAUUUAUCUUUUGGAAAUCGCAGAAUUAUGGAGGAGAGGGCCGAAUAAUACACCCCUGAACGCGAGUAGCGCAGCCAGUCGUAAAGUCGGACCUGAAGAAUCCAUAAACCGCUCCGGGAAACGGGGAUCGCCGUUGAAUAAACGCACCACCCCCCUCCCGCGGGGUCGUGAUCGUGUAUCCUGUCCCUAACCCGCUCGGUUCUCUGCUCAGAGGUCAAUUUGAAAGCGAUGCAAGGAACGAGGCGCCUUUUACGAGGCAGCGUGCGCCGCCUAACAGAAGGGGGCUUCGACCAUCCACAUCGUGUUUGCGUUACGAAGUUGGAAAGGACUGGUCUCCCAUGCCAUCAACACGACUCGUCCCGUGGCCUGGUGCGCUCCUGAAUCCGCCUGGCUAACCGUCUUCGAUCUACUAUGCGGAGGGAGGGACAAAGUCGAGGCUCGGUAUCCGUGGAAACGAACAGGCACGUGGAGAAAGUGCCCUGGCGUCGAGGAUGCCUCGACGCUGGUGAACGAUCGUCCUCCGAUGGAGUCCAGGUGAAAGUGUGCUGAUGUAGCUCCGCAAGGGUGGAACUCGAAGGACACCAUGGACGGGAACUUGACCGCCUGGACGAACAAUCUGACGGCGAUGCUCCACCAGGUGCCCUGCAACGACAGCUUCUUGGGCUGCGUGGACGAGUGCGGGGCUGGUCUGUUGGGGUUCGAUCACCUCUGCGCGACGGACAAGGGCACCUUCACCUCGUCGAUGACGCUGCUCUGCAGACCUUGCGACUACUCUUGCGACGUGAACGUGUCACUGGUUCUCAGCGGGUUGGAAAGCGUGGAGGGUGUCUUCCUCUCGAGGAUACCGAGGUUCAGGGAGUGCAACGAGACGGCGUUCGAGAACGAGAUCCUGGAAUGCACGCCAGCGGAGAAUACGACUACGGUGGAUCUCGCGGUGUCCUGCUCGCACAGAGCGAAAUUAAGUUCGUCGACUAGGAGCCGCCGUUUCGAAUGGAGCUUCCUCUUCGUGGCGGUGUUCAUCGUGGCGGGUGGCCUGGGCAAUAUACUGGUCUGCCUGGCCGUGGGUCUCGACAGGAGGCUGCACAACGUCACGAAUUACUUUCUUCUGUCGCUCGCCGUCGCCGACCUUCUCGUCAGUCUCUUCGUGAUGCCCCUGGGAGCGAUACAAGGAUUCCUCGGAUACUGGCCGUUUGGCGUGCACUGGUGCAACGUUUACGUGACGUGCGACGUGCUGGCGUGCUCUGCGAGCAUAAUGCACAUGUGCUUCAUCUCCUUGGGCCGCUAUCUGGGCAUCAGGAACCCGCUGAGGACGCGGCACACGUCCACUAAGAGGAUGGUCGGCUUCAAGAUCGCCGCCGUAUGGCUGCUCGCCAUGUUGGUCUCUAGUUCCAUUACAGUAUUAGGUAUAAUAAAUCCCGUGAACAUCGUACCGCGGCCAGGCACGUGCAUGAUCAACAACCGCGCGUUCUUCGUGUUCGGUUCGCUGAUAGCUUUCUACAUCCCCAUGAUCGUGAUGGUGGCGACGUACGUGCUGACGGUGCCGUUGCUCAGGCAGCAGGCUCGUUUCGUCGCCGAACAUCCCGAAAGGGAUCAGUUCCGCAGGUUGGGGGGUAGAUACCCCUCGACGAAGGCGUCCUCGACGACCUCGAGCACCGGUACAACCACCACGGCCUCCCUGGCCACGCGACACGCGUGGAGGACUUCCGGUGGCCCUGGAAACGACAGGUACAAGGGUGGAAGACAAGACAAACAGCGACCGCAGAUGAAUUUCGCUGUGAACGGGGCUAGUAGUCCUACCGGAAGCGCAGCUGGGACGAAACUGGUGUCGAAAGUGGAUCAAGCCACUCAAACGCCGGAGAACAUCGCCCGCGAAACAAGGAACUUCACUUUGAGGGCCCUGAAACUGCAACUGAACGUCGCGCCUAACACCCUCAAUCUCAGGUUUCUAGCAGGACGAACGAAAAGAAGAUCCCUGGCAGCAAACGCAGUGGCGACAGAGCAGAAGGCCAGCAAGGUUUUGGGUCUCGUCUUCUUCACCUUCGUCCUGUGCUGGGCGCCCUUCUUCCUCCUGAACAUCUUGUUCGCCGCCUGUCCAACGUGUCCUGUGCCUGGCCACGUGGUGGACACGUGUCUCUGGCUAGGAUACGUGUCCUCUACCAUCAAUCCAGUCAUUUAUACCAUAUUUAACAGAACGUUCAGGGCUGCCUUCAUACGUCUAUUGAAGUGCAAGUGUUCCAGGUUUGCCAGACCACCGAGAUACCGCUCGGUGACCGAGGGUGGACGUAACGCGAUGAGCCUCUGCACCCCAACCGCCCUUCCUCUGGCCAUUAGUCUUCAGGGUACGCCGUUGUUGACGCCAACGCCGAAUCCGACGGCGACACCGGCGUCAGGAAGCUCGUACGUGACGAUGAUGCAUCGCACGCCCAGCUCGCUAUACCGUGACACCUUCCAUCAGCAUGAACACGAUCAGAAUUGUUGAGUGCAACGGGUGUGAACUCGUCGAAUGAUGAAAUACCCAAAUGAAACGCCCACUGUUCUUUAUGAUAGACGAAAUUUUAAAUAAAUAGAGACUUCAGGUUGUCAAGAUUCUUUCGAUGAUUUGAAUAAUAGAUCUGCUAGGGAUUAAUUUAUAUAAAAAUGAGGACUGCCAGUUAAUUAAGUAGAAGUUAAAUGACGAACGCUGACGUAGAGCAGAUGUUUGAUAUUGAAUUGUAUCGAUAGUUGUUGGAUAUCUUGGAGAGAUGUAUAUAAUUAAAUUUAUGUUAAAAGUCGAAUAGAUCAUUAAAAUUGAAUUUACUUUGGGUAUUUCAUCGUAAGAUUGAUGAAAUGUUCAAGUGCAACUAGGCGUAUCCAUUUGUUUAAUAAGUGUUGAACAACUCUCCCCCUGUGUCUUAAUGCUCAAUUGUGGUAGAAAACCAGCGAAGAACUGUGUAACCCCGAAGUAUGAAGAAUAUAUCUGGAUGUGAUAAAAAUACGUAUUACUUUAUCGAGGACGAAGACGAUCCUCUGGAAACUGCGGAGAAAUUGGUCAAUGCGUCUCUUAUUGAACCAAAGAUAUCUCCUAAGUUAAACUGUACCUCGUAGAAGAAUUGUAAAAAAUUAUUUCAAUAAAAUAUUACUUUAAUUACCGACUUCGUGUAUCCACUGACUGAUCAUUGAACGGAUUAUGAAUACUCUUAGAUUUUCAUAAUGUCCUUUCUUUCAAACUUGUAACUUUAUACAACUUGGAAACAUACUAAGAUGAUAUGUUAUUAAUCAGCGACGAUAAUAUAUUUCAAAAGAAUCCAGAAAUAACUUACCACUUGAAAAUAAAAAAUUGAUAAGAUGUAUAAAGGGGAACAAGCAUAUCCACUUCAGCUUCAUUUGUACUAACUUUUAUUUGACAAAUAAAAAGUAUCCAUUACAAAUAAUUGUAAACUGUAUAUCUUAUAUAGUACACACAUCGUGAUACGAGCGAGUUUAUGGCUCUCUCUUCUCUCUCCCUCUCUUUCACCCAUAUAUUUUCAUGUUACUUGUACACUUUCUCACACUCUCUCUCCCUCGUUCGACCCUUCACGGAUCACGAUUACAAGCUUUCCAUUUUCUUCCCCCCUAUGGGAGAAGAGUUUCCUAUCUCCGACGCACACUCACACAAAAACGCACCUAAUUCUCUCUCACGCAUUUUGUAUGUAUGUUUCGCCUGUUCCAUGUGUAAUAUUUAUCGUGCGAAUUGGCGGGGCAAGGCGAUUGGAAAAAUUUGAAUAAUUAAUUUUCUAAUCAAAAAUUGACCCUCUGAGACGUUCGAUACGCGUAUACAAAACUUUCUAUACUCUGUAUUAAAUUCUCGCUACGAAUUCAAAUAUUUUGCGUACUUACAGAGAAACGAAGUACUUAAUUUUUAGGUAUUCCUUUCAAGUCAUAAAUGUAGUGUACAGGUAUUUUAUAGAAAUUGAUGCAAAUUAAAGGAACAACGAAACACCACCAUGCUGUAUACUCAAAUCCUCGUGAGCUUCCAAUAAUUUUCACAGCAACGCUAAGUCAAAAAUUUCGCUUUAUUAAAAAUAUACAUUAACAUCGACAGAGAAACGAUUAAAAAAAAAAAGAAAAUUAUCCCAAUCGCCCAGCCGCAGCUAGACGGUACAAAUUGCUCGUCGAGAGUCGAACGAAAAUGCACGCUGGACGUAAAUUUCCAUUUUUGAUUUUCGCACUCGCGAUUGUCGACGGAGAAACACAAAAUCUCUGGAGGGUUUGGGAUGGCUCGUCGAGAAGAGUGGGAGGAGGGGUUUGGGAUCUUUAAACCUAGGAGAGAGGGGACUGAUUCGGUGAACCACCUGUCGAUUGAGAUGCGUUAAAAAAAAAAGAAAUGCCCGUUGAAGUCUCACCCCGACGAGGAGGGAGGAUGGUUUCUCUGACUGGUUUCCAUAUUUGUUUGUUCCUACUUAUUGUUGCCGUAUAUCGGGACUGUACCGUUGAGGAGGAUGGAGGAGAGAGAGGUAGGGGGUACUUGCGAGUUUUCCUCGGGGCAUACGGCGUUGGUCUCGAGGAAAGGAAAGAGGACGAGUUCGAUCGAACUUUAGGUCGGCUUUUCGACUUCUUCUGCGGCUAUUUCAAGAAUCCGCGCUUCGACGUGCAACCACCAGAAAAGUAACACCAAAAUGUACAUUUUUAAUUGUAAUUGUUAUCAAGAAUUUUUAAUGCUUAUGUAGCCUAAAACGUAAGUGUCUCAGGGAGAACAGUAGUCGAAAUUAAUUUCGCGAUGGGGUUGUUUCUACGAAGGUAACAUAAAGUAUGCGUACUAUUUUAGCAUCUCAAGUUACGAGCACAUCGAGGUGUUCCUUUUCAAGCCUUUGACACCCGGUAUUCGAUGUUCGAUACGUUAAACUUUAAUAACACUGAAUAAGGACAUCCUUGUGUAAUCGCGUCAACGAAGGUUGUACUACCCUUCGUGCUUCUUUAUCGUCGUUCGUCAAAUACAAAUGGACUUUGUACCAGAGAUAAGCAGAAUUCUCAUCUAAAUACAGAUUUCAAAUAGGUAGAAGUUUAUUCGUUACAAAUAAAAAAAAUUUGAUCUUCGGUAUUAUUAAAUACUUAAGAUGAACGAAUAAACAUUUAACUUCCAUCAAAGGAUUAGUUUCGAAACGGUAUUGCUGUGCAUAUUAUACGAAUCGAAUUUUGCCCAUCGCUGCUUCGUACGCUGCAUGCAUUCGUUCAUUGUUCUUAAAGUUUAACAUUCCAGUAGCUUCUUAAACGUGUAUCUAUACGUUCUAAACACAUUAUCAGACUUCGUUGCAAAUGAUUCCGUUUUCUACUAUUUUUUUCUUCUCCCUUUUCUUUUUUUUUUUUAUUUCACCACACCGCGAUUCGUUAUCCCGAUGGUGCCCCUUUCGUAUCGCUUAUACACGCUUUCUUACAUAAUCCUAGACACUUAACAAUUAUACCGCGUAAAGUUAAGAACGCCCGUUACGCGCUCGAUCUACGAAUGAGGGUAUCAUUAGUACAAGAGAUUUGGGGGAAGGAGUGAAAUAUAAUUAAUGCAAAAUUAUUCUUAUUCAUAAUCGUACAGUAAUAAUAAUAAUAAUAAUAAUAAUAAUAAUAAUAAUAAUAAUAAUAAUCAUGAUGCAACAGCAGAAACGUGGGUACGUGACGAUUAAGGAAAGAAAAUGGAUAUCUGUUAGUGGCUCCUUUUUUCUGUGUUUUUUUUUGUAGCAGCUUUUCGUUUUUUUUUCUUUCUUUAUAUGUAUAUACAAAAUUUAUUCCGCGUACUAGAAUAAUUCUGUCCCGCUACGUUUCUUUGUCUUUCUCCACUCUCUGUUUCUCUCGGUUAACCGUUCCUUCCUUUGAUCUUACCGCUAAAUUUUCCACUGAUUCUUAGCGUAUCGGCCUCCAACCCUUUCGCUACAAGAAACUAUUACUUCAGUGGCUAUUAUCGGUAGGUACGAGAUACCUCGGAAGGGUGGUUCCUCGACCAAAAGAAUUUUUGAAUUGCGGAUGCUACUUAUUUACCAAAUUCUUUAAUAAGAAAAAUUACUGUGUUUCGUAUUGUGUUAGUAGAUCGAGAAUAUUCAAAUGAUUCGACGUUCCGUUUCUCCAUAUUUCGGAGCCUCUUCAGUAGCCCAUCAUUUGAAAAUAAAUACGCCUGGUAUUAUAUUACCAAAUCAUAAUAGAUGGAAAUUAAAUUCACACGGGAAGAUAUCCAGCAUAAAUUUAGUUUCCAAGUAUUGCGCUUCAUUUAUGUUAAUUAUAAAUGUUUAUUUUCAGGUGUCGGACUCCUCGACAGGAUCCAAAAUAUAAUGAAACGGAAGUACUUGUGUGAAAUACAAAAUGCACGAGUAGAUACCCUUCGUAAGAACGACAUGACCUAUGCCAUAAGCUUUUUACUGUUACGAUAUUAUUUAGCCACCGUUGGGUUUCCGUAGCGAGCAGGCGAAGGGAAAAGUAGACAAUAAUGUGUGCGCUUUAAAAUUCGAUAUUGCGAUGAACCGCGUGCGCGCGAUUCAGUCGCCUCGAAUCCUCCGAUUGCAAUAGUAUUAAAAGAAAAAAGAAAAAAAAA